AUGGUCCUUCACUUCGUGCUGCUCUUCCUCCUCCCAUUGGUGCGAGCAACCGAGCGCCCCGAGGGCCUGAUGGACGAGGAGGGCCUGGAGGCGGCCCUGGCCGUGCCCAACGCCUCGCACUUCUUCUCUUGGAACAACUACACCUUCUCUGACUGGCAGAACUUUGUGGGCCGGAGGCGCUACGGCGCCGAGUCCCAGAACCCCACGGUGAAAGCCCUGCUCAUCGUGGCUUACUCCUUCAUCAUCGUCUUCUCGCUCUUUGGCAAUGUCCUGGUCUGUCAUGUCAUCUUCAAGAACCAGCGAAUGCACUCGGCCACUAGCCUCUUCAUCGUCAACCUGGCCGUGGCCGACAUCAUGAUCACUCUCCUCAACACCCCCUUCACUUUGGUCCGCUUUGUGAACAGCACGUGGGUGUUCGGGAAAGGCAUGUGUCACGUCAGCCGCUUCGCCCAGUACUGCUCCCUGCACGUCUCCGCGCUGACGCUGACGGCCAUUGCCGUGGACCGCCACCAGGUCAUUAUGCAUCCGUUAAAACCCCGCAUCUCCAUCACAAAAGGUGUCAUCUACAUCGCAGUCAUCUGGACCAUGGCUACGUCCUUUUCACUCCCACAUGCCAUCUGCCAGAAAUUAUUUACCUUCAAGUACAGUGAAGACAUUGUCCGCUCCCUAUGCCUGCCAGAUUUCCCUGAGCCGGCCGACCUCUUCUGGAAGUACCUGGACUUGGCCACCUUCAUCCUGCUUUACAUCCUACCCCUCCUCAUCAUCUCUGUGGCCUACGCCCGUGUGGCCAAGAAGCUGUGGUUGUGCAACACAAUCGGCGACGUGACCACGGAGCAGUACCUGGCCCUGCGGCGCAAGAAGAAGAAGACCAUCAAGAUGCUGAUGCUGGUGGUGGUCCUCUUUGCCCUCUGCUGGUUCCCCCUCAACUGCUACGUGCUCCUCCUAUCCAGCAAGGUCAUCCGCACCAACAAUGCCCUCUACUUCGCCUUCCACUGGUUUGCCAUGAGCAGCACCUGCUAUAACCCCUUCAUCUACUGCUGGCUCAAUGAAAACUUCAGGAUCGAGCUGAAGGCAUUACUGAGCAUGUGCCAAAGGCCACCCAAGCCUCAGGAAGAACGGCCACCUUCCCCAGUCCCUUCCUUCAGGGUGGCUUGGACAGAGAAGAGCAAGAGCCGGAGGGCUCCGCUAGCCAACAACCUCCUACCCUCCUCCCAACUCCAGUCUGGGAAGACAGACCUGUCGUCCAUGGAACCCAUCAUGGCAAUGAGUUAGAGGAGAGUGGGAAGAGGCAGGAGGAGGGCUCUGUCUCCAGCUGAGGUUAGGAAAGAGCCUAAGGACAGAGCCUGGAAAAGAGCCUGUCUCUCAAAUUUGACCUUCGCAGUGCUGGAAACAAGUUUCUGCAGAAGCCAUAGGCCUCUUGAGUUCCUAGGAAACUCUGCUCAGUCUCCUAGCCCCAUUGAUAUGAAAAUUAAAAGGCAACUACCAGCUAGACACAUGUUUGUGAAUUCCUGUCUAAGAAGCGCCACAAGGCAUAUCAUCCUGGAUCUCUGAGCCAGAGAACCCACAACAGCUUCAGCCCAGCUGGAGGCUGAGUCAGUCAACUGCCUCCAACUGUCAGGC